AAAAAAACAAAUAUAAUGUAAAAGAAUCCUUAUUUAUUAUAAUUUAUAUAACACACGAAUGCCUAUUUCUUUUACUUCCCUGUGCUUCUGAUCAGCCCUUGAACUAUCAUAUCAUUUCUCGGCCGCCUGAUUUUCCGCUCCGAAGUUGGAAGCAAUGGGCAUGGCAAUCUCAAGGCUGGUGAAGAUCCUCUUUGCAAGGAAAGAGAUGAGAAUACUAAUGGUGGGUCUCGACGCUGCCGGAAAAACCACCAUCCUCUACAAGCUCAAACUUGGAGAGGUUGUCACUACCAUACCCACAAUUGGGUUUAAUGUGGAAAUUGUUGAAUACAAAAAUGUGAGCUUCACUGUUUGGGAUGUCGGAGGACAAGACAAGAUUCGGCCGCUAUGGAGACAUUAUUUUCAGAACACUCAAGGUCUUAUCUUUGUGCUGGAUAGUAAUGACAGAGACAGAGUUUUGGAAGCAAGAGAUGAGCUCCAUCGAAUGCUCAAUGAGGAUGAACUCCGUGACGCAACACUGCUUGUAUUUGCCAACAAGCAAGAUCUUCCGAAUGCCAUGAAUGUCUCUGAGAUCACUGAUAAGCUUGGCCUGCAUUCACUCCGGCAACACAGAUGGUACAUUCAGGCUGCUAGUGCCACCUCCGGCCAAGGACUCUACGAGGGCCUCGAUUGGCUAUCCAGCAACAUCUCAAAGACUCAAACAAGGCAUGAUAGAUAAGCCUGUCUCCUUUAAUGUCUUGUUUCUUAGUUACCAGAUGUUGGAUUGUAUUUUUACUGGAUGUAGUACUUCAUUACUUAUAUAUUUUUACUGCAUAAUGUAUUUUUACUGGAUGAUGUCUUUGCAUAUAUA